GCCUACACAACUUUAUUGCGGAAAUUAUCAUUGUGAUAACCGUACCCCGUUACAUUUCCAGUGGUUUCCAGUUAAAAUUAUCAUUAGUUUGUGAUCGUUUAUUUAGUAUUUUAUAUACCGUUCGAUCUAGAAAUUCUGUAUUUCUAGAUGGUGUAGGCCAUUUCCUUGCUUGUGACGUGACUUUUGAGCAAUAAUCAUGAGAACAAGGUGGGGAACACCGAGUGCUCCGGCAUGUUGUUUAUGUUUGGACGUGAGAACGGGAUCUAUACUCAUCGGAUUAUGGCACUUGAUGGGUCAAAUGUUCGCCAUGCUCCUGAUCGCAUCCAUGAUCAUGAGAGGAGGCGACAACGCAAUGAACAUCGACUUGGAUGAACAGGACCCACCACAAACGCCACUUAGUCUCAACAGUCAGCAUGAUGCAUCCGACUACUGUGUUGGCCUGGUCAUCGUGUUCUGUUUCCUCCUCAUCACCACCAUGAUGAUGAAGGGCAUCAUCCAGUACCGGUCCGGUUACAUCCUCCCAUUCUUCUGCCUCCAGCUCUUUGAUUUCUUCAUCACGUUCCUCACCUGCAUUGGAGUCAUGUCCUACUACCCAGACUUUGACUACGAGGAUAGCCCAAGUUCCCCUACAACCAGGAAUUCAUGCACUGGAAGGAGAACCUACCCGUCAGCAAGUAUGACAUUGAAUCACCCGUCUUUACAUUCAUCGCUCUUGCACUAUUCCUGGGGAUUAUGUUAUUUAAGUUCUACUGCAUUGCAUGUAUCUGGGCCUGCUACAAACACACUGCAAGUAUGGAGCUGAAGGAAAUUGGUCAGUGUCCGACACAG